GGGCCAUAAAUUUUCAUCGGCGAGUUUAGUUCGGGGCCGUCGUUUUGAGGACUGGCGAGAUGGAGACGAUGACGCGCCAUUCGUCGCCUCAAUUGAGUUGACCCAACUAACAGAUCGACGUAACACUGCGGUUCGCGUCUCCCGCCGACUUUCUUGCUUUCGCCACGACCACUUCUCGCUCUUUCGUGCCGUGAGAACGACGAACCGAUCGAUUUCUCUCUCCCCCUCUCUGCCUAGCGAUUGAUGAUGCACGGAGGACCAUCAGGAUUUCACAACGCGCCGGUCACACGAACCCUAGUGAUCUCUAGCGCCAUCAUCACAGUCACCUCUGCCCUUCGUGGCCGUUCUCGCAGCAUAGGGUUGUCGUAUCAGGAUAUUAUUCAGAACUAUAGUCUUUGGAAGAUUGUUCCAUCAAUAUUUGCAUUUUCAUCCUCUCCAGAAUCGAUAAUUGGCUUGUAUCUGAUAUAUUAUUUCAGAGUAUUUGAGAGACAGAUAGGCUCUAACAAGUACUCAGUUUUUGUUUUGUUCAAUUUAGUGGCAUCCACAUUUUUCCAAAUUGUGGCUUUAGGACUUCUAAAAGAUUCUCAAGUACUUGCAUCUGGGCCUUAUGGUUUCAUAUUUGCUUCCUUUGUAUCUUUUUAUUUUGACAUCCCUGUUACUUCACGUUUCCAUAUGUUUGGACUGAACUUGAGUAACAAGUCAGCCGUAUACUUUGCCGCUUUUCAGCUUGUUUUAUCUGCCUGGAGAAGGUCAUUUAUACCAGUCAUAAGUGGUCUUCUUGCUGGUUUUGUUUUCCGAGCCAAUCUAUUUGGCAUCUGCAAGCUUAAGUUCCCCAAAAAGUUAACAUCAGUAUUUUCAUGGUUAUUUUUGUUGUAUCCAAGUUCAUUCCCUUCAAGUGCCAAUAUCAGAAGAAAUGCACAUAUAUCUAAUAUCGACCAUCAGGUUCAGCGGAACAAUCGUUCAGUGGGAAAUUUUAUGCCAGAACCAUCAGAGUCUUCGAUUGAGACAUUGGUGUCCAUGGGCUUUGAGAGCAAUGCUGCUAGGCAGGCACUCCUUCAGGCUAGAAAUGACUUAAAUGUAGCAACAAACAUUCUCCUCGAAGCACAGUCUGGGUAACUCAACUGUGUCCUUUUGGAAAAUGUACAUUGAGUUACACGGAUGGGAACCUGGCCCAGCACCGCAUUCAUAUAAGAAAAGAGGAACCAAUAGAAUUUCCAUUGGUCUUGCUUUUACUUCCUUCAAUAUGAGGCGAUCCUGGUUUCUCUAAAUCCUUAUCUUUAGCAGUUUAGAAUGAAUUCAUCACUACGUUACAUUGUUUUUGUACAUUGAGAAGCAUCUCCAGGUAGGUCUCAUUCUGUCCGUUUUAAUAUUAAAUGCUAAACAACCAAUUACGAUGACCCAACCAUGGUGUAAAUUCGUUGAGGUUUACAACUCCAUCUUUGUACUAAAGUAUUUAUGUAAACACCCUUUUUCUGUGAUGUUAUUUCUAGGAUCGCAUGGCGGGCAA